AUGGCGGAUUGCAUCUUGGAACAGCUCAAAUCCCAACCGCUAUGGCUCCUCAUUCCCAUAUCCCUGGGCCUCCUAUCCCUCCUCAAGCUCACACUUUCCAUUCUCAUAUGGGUCUACGUCAAUUUUCUCCGACCCGGUAAAAACCUCAAGAAAUACGGGUCGUGGGCUCUGGUAACGGGCCCUACCGACGGCAUAGGCAAGGCAUUCGCUUUCCAGCUAGCGAGAAAGGGGCUCAAUUUGAUUUUAGUCGGGCGAAACCCUAGUAAGCUGGAGGAAGUUUCCGGAUCCAUCAAAUCCAAGUACGGGUCGGUCCAGAUCAAGUCCGUGGUUAUGGAUUUCUCCGGGGACCUGGACGACGGCGUUUCGAGGAUCAAGGAUGCUAUUCAGGGCGUGGACGUCGGAGUUUUGAUCAACAACGUGGGGUUGUCUUAUCCCUAUGCGAGGUUCUUUCAUGAACUGGAUGAUAAAUUGCUGAGCGAUUUGAUUAAGGUAAAUGUUGAGGGGACAACGAAAGUCACCCAAGCUGUUUUGCCUGGGAUGGUGGAAAGAAAAAGAGGGGCUAUUGUGAAUAUUGGCUCUGGUGCUGCUAUUAUUAUCCCUGCUGAUCCGCUCUACUCUGUUUACGCUGCAACAAAAGCUUAUAUUGACCAGUUUUCGAGAUGCCUCUAUGUGGAGUACAAGAAGAGUGGGAUUGACGUGCAAUGCCAGGUGCCUUUGUAUGUUGCAACCAAAAUGGCAUCAAUAAGAAGGUCAUCCUUCUUUGUUCCAUCCGCUGAUGGGUAUGCGCGAGCCGCGUUACGUUGGAUAGGUUACGAGCCACGGUGCACACCGUAUUGGCCCCACUCGCUUUUGUGGGCUCUAGCAAAUUCUUUGCCCGACUCGGUUAUCGAUGCCUGGCGUCUCAAGUUCUGCCUUGGCAUUAGGAAGAGAGGCCUGCUCAAGGACUCCAAGAAGACGGAAUAG